UAAUCAGUUAUUUUCUUCACUCUACCAACUUUUUUACUUAAAAAAAAAAAAAAAACAUUUUUUUAACCUCUGUCUUCUAAUCUCAGUGUCACUCUGUGAAUGGGGAGUGUGAGUGUUCAACUCCAGUGGAGAUGGAACCAACCACCACCGUCUCCGUCACUGUCACUACCAGUUACCGUUACCAUGACAGUGAUGAUGCAGAGGUGUAGGUGUACGCUAACCAAACAAGGCGAACGCUUCCUCACAAAGCUGGCAGCAAAUUCCGAUUCCGGAACCCACACAUUCAUUCGACGAUUCGUUAAUGGUUCUCCCAAAUCGGUUGCUCUAUCCACUCUCUCUCAUCUUCUAUCUCCUUCCUCCUCCUUCCCCCACCUCUCUUCUCUCGCCCUCCCUCUUUAUUCAUGUAUCGCCCAAGCUUCCUGGUUCACUUGGAACCCUGCCAUUGUUGCGGACCUUGCAGCGCUUCUUGAUCAACUGGGUCGUUCUGAGGAAGCUGAAGCUCUGGUCUUUGAGGCCACUUCCAAGCUCGAAUCACGAAACAGAGAGCUUGCUCUUUUCUACUGUAAGUUGCUUGAGUCACACUCCAAGCGAGGCUCACAGAAAGGUUUUGAUGUUGCUUAUUGUUACCUGAACCAGCUUCUUCGUAGUUCUUCCUCUGUUUACAUAAAACGCAGGGCUUUUGAGUAUAUGAUUAGUGGUUUGUGUGCAAUGGAUAGGCCUCGUGAAGCCGAGGAUUUGGUUGAGGAUUUGAGAGGCAAUGGUGGAGGGAUUGACCCUUCAGCUUUUGAGUUGAAGUCCAUUAUGUAUGGUUAUGGGAGGUUGGGGUUGUUCCAUGAUUUGCAUAGAGUUGUGGAUCAAAUGAAGAGAAGUGGCUUUGAGAUUGACACUGUUUGCGCCAAUAUGGUUCUUUCAACUUAUGGUACUCAUGGUGAGCACAUGGAAAUGGUUUCCUGGCUUAAGAAGAUGAGAAGCUCAGGCAUCUCAUUCUCAGUCAGAACCUACAAUUCUGUAUCAAACUCUUGCCCAAUGAUCACGAGAAUGAUGGCGGAGCUGAAUGAGUUGCCGCUGUCAAUUGAGGAGUUGAAUGUUAGAUUGGAAGGAGGGGAGGCUAUGGUAGUUAAGGAGUUACUGGAUUCUUGUGUGAUUUUGGAGGAGGUAAUGGUGUGGGAUUCAUCAGAGGCUAAAUUGGAUUUGCAUGGAUGUCAUUUGGGUUCAUCCUAUUUGAUCAUGCUGCUUUGGUUGAAAGAGAUGCAACGGAGAUUGAAUGACUCGAAUUAUGGGAUUCCAGCAGAAAUCACUGUGGUUUGUGGGUUAGGAAAGCAUAGCAAUGUCAGAGGAGAGUCUCCUGUAAAAGUGUUGGUUAAGAAGAUGAUGGUGAAUAUGGGAAGUCCCUUGAGGAUUGAUAGGAAGAAUAAUGGUUGCCUUGUAGCCAAAGGUAGAGCCGUGAAAAACUGGUUAUGUUAAUCAAGGACUGCAAGCCAUGCAUUACAACUUGAUUCAUGAUUAAUUAAAGUUCACCAACAUGGGUGGAGGAUCAAUUUCUUUGGUGUUGGAGAAAUGCCAACAAUAGGUUAAUUGUCUAUUACUCUGAAUGAAUUUUCUUAUAUAUGAUGAGCAAAUGAUGGGUUGGUUAAAGACUAAAUGGUUCUGCUUCAGAAAGAGCAUACAGUAUGAAGAGAUCUCUUAUCUACCAUGGAGAUUAAGGUGGUGUUCGUCAUAGGCAAAUGGGAACAGCUUGGUUGUGCAGGAUGAAGAGAUUAUCGAUAAGGACUUUUCCUUUCAGGUAGGAUAAGAGCAAUCAAGCUUUUGUUGCUGUUGAUGAUAAUCAUAGAAUAGUGAUAUAUUUAUCUAAAAAUUGGUGCUAUUGAGUAUUGAAUUCAACUUGUCAUUAACAUG